UCGAUAGUCCGAGCACCAGCAACCCUGCCUCCGGCUGUCAUGUUUCACUUCCGGAGCUUGCGAACAAAAUAGAAUCGCUAAGGCAAAGAAAACCCUGCGAGUGGCGAGUGUUUUAAGAUCACACUCACAAACAACAUCCAAAGUGGUUAGUGGCAGUUGAGAGAGUGCCCCAAGAUCCCGAAUACCAGCCGGGCAGACACAAACAACACCAGCAGCAGCAGCACCACCAUCACCAACAGCAGCAGCAGCAGCAUUUCCCGCUUUUCGCUUUCGUCGUCGCCGAACAACAAAUAACAAAACCACGACAAACGAUGGCCGAUGCCGCGGAGAGUAAGCCACUGGCCGCCGAACAGCAGCAGGCGCAGCAGCAGCCGGAGCAGCAGCAGAAUCCGCCUAAUCCGCAGGAGCAGGAUCACGAGCAGGAGCCGCUGGACGAGCUGCAGGGACAGCAGGGCCAGCCCGCUCCGCCCACCAAGGAAGUCAUCGCCACCAAAGUCACCGGCACCGUCAAGUGGUUCAACGUGAAGAGCGGCUACGGCUUCAUCAACCGCAACGACACCAGAGAGGAUGUCUUUGUGCACCAGAGCGCCAUUGCGCGGAACAACCCCAAGAAGGCGGUCCGCUCGGUGGGCGACGGUGAGGUCGUUGAGUUCGACGUGGUCAUUGGCGAGAAGGGCAACGAGGCGGCCAACGUGACCGGUCCCUCCGGUGAGCCGGUGCGGGGCAGUCAGUUUGCGGCGGACAAGCGCCGUAACUUCCGUCCCUGGAUGAAGAAGAAUCGCCGCAAGGAUGGCGAAGUGGAAGGCGAAGACCCAGAAUCGCCGGCCCAGCAGCAACAGCAGCAGGCGGCACCAAUCGUUGACGGGCAGCCGCAGCAGCAGGUGCAGUCCGGCCCGCGUCAACCACGACAGAACUUCCGCCGAGGACCACCUGGUGGACCGCCCGGAGGACCUCGAGGUGGCCCCCGAGGACCGCCUGGCGGAGCCCCCGGUGGCCCCCGGCGCUACAACAACUACUAUCUGCGUCAGCCGAGACGCGGCCUGGGCGGCGGUGACGGCAGCGCCGAGCCCGGUGUCCACGAUCAGAAUCCCGAGGGUCUGCAGCGCGGCGAGGGUCAGGGACCGCGUCGCGGUGGCGGCCCACCGGGCGGACCCCAGCGGCGCUUCUUCCGACGCAACUUCAACAAUGGUCCACCGCCACCACGCCGCGACGGCGGAGAAUACAUUCAAGGCCAGGGACCGCCACGCCCUCAACAGCCACGUCCACGUCGCCAGAGGAAACCAAAUGGCCCUGGCGGUGGUUCGGAGCAGCAGCCACAGCAGAACGGCGCUCAAGAGCUGCAAAAUACAACCACAGAGAGCACUGCAUAGAAAAGGAUCCGAUAGGAUCUCCAUCGUCAGCCGACAAAAA